CACAACAACACAAUUUCUGUUCGUGUGGCGAAUGCACGAUGUGAAUAUGAUAUGGGUGCCUACCAAUGUAAAGGCAAAAACAUGUAUCAACAGGUUCGCGAACUAGAGAUCCGAAUUGCAUGUUCACCAAGACCUUCACCAUUUACUCCACCGAUUGCAACAGCAUAUAGAAGAAGACAUACAUCAGCUAUUUUAUCGUUCACGGUCGUUGCCUUUCCAUCACCCAUUGACGCACCAUAUGUUUGGAGUAAGCAGAUAGAUUGUGAAUGGGCAAUACUUCACAAUGACAGCAGGUUUCGAAUUCAUAUAUCAAAUGACAGUCCUGCAGACAAACCUUUCCAUAUCACAACAACACAUUGGCGAUUUUUCAAGCUAUUCGGUCCGUGUGAACAAUAGCUUAGGAUCUACAGAGCAAACAUUUGUCAUUCGAGCGAAUGAGCAGCCGUCUAUACCACAACAACUUCUUGUCGUCGAUGCAAUGGUGACUGAAAGUUCUAUCACAGUUCAAUGGACACCCGGAUUUAAUGGAGGUGAAGAACAAUGGUUCGUGAUCGGAUUCAAAAAGGCAGCAGACGAAUCCUGGACUAACGAAAACGUAUCUUCAACAGUUACUCGAUUGACUAUUGGUGAAUUAGCUGCGGGUACCGAGUAUAAAGUUAAAAUGUAUGCAGAGAAUAUAAUUGGCAAAUCUGAUGAUACUACUGUAUUAAGUGUGAUAACAAAGUCUUCUAUAUCAGAUAACGGAUCCUCUCCAACGGUUGGGGCUGCAGUAGGUGGAUCUGUUGCUGGAACUAUCGCGGUAGUCUUGGCGGUACUGUGAGAAUAUAGAAAAGUGUUUAA